UUUUAUUUUUAUUUUUUCCAGUCAAUUUCAUAAAUUCUCGAAAAGACUAUUUCAAUAUUUUUUUCCCUGCUUUUUUUACAUAUUAAAAAAAAAUAUGAAUGAAGAAGUGAUUACAUCUAAUAAUCUAAGUUGGCCAGUUAUUAUCAUGUCAAUACUUUCAUUCCUAGUCAUUUAUCGUAAUUAUGGUGGGUUUUAUUAUCGCUCCGUCAUGUCAAUCGUUUGCCUUUUAGUUAUGGCUAUUUAUGGCAUGUUUGCUUCUAUUGUUUUCCCAAUCCUUGGAAAGAGGCACCUUAUUAAUUAUUCAGUUGCUCGUGGUUAUUAUUAUCUCGGCGGUUUCUUUUGUGGUUUAAAGGUUGUAGCAGAAGGCACAGAGCACAUUACAGAAAAACCCGUAAUUUACAUUUGUAAUCAUCAAUCGAGUUUAGACAUCAUGUUGAUGGGUAAAGUCUAUCCAAAGAAUACAGCUAUUGUUGCUAAAAAGCAACUCAAAUAUUAUCCAUUCUUGGGCUGGUUUAUGACAUUGAGCAAUGCUAUCUUUUUGGACCGUAAAAAUAGAGAAAGUGCAGUAAAGGAAGCUCGUCAAGCUGCUAAAGAUAUUCAUGAAAAGAAUACCUGUGUUUGGCUUUUCCCAGAAGGUACUCGUGGUCAUGAAUCUGAAGUUACCCUUCUUCCAUUCAAGAAAGGUGCAUUCUAUAUGGCAGUUCAAGCAGGUGUACCUAUUAUUCCUAUCGUAAUAGCUAAUUAUAAUAAUCUCUAUAACAACAAACAAAAGAGAUUUAUUAGUGGUACUGUUCGCUGUAGAGUUUUACCACCUAUUUCAACCGAAAACAUAAAAGAAGAAUCUGCUGAUGUUGAAAAACUUGCUAAUAAGUGUCGUGAACAAAUGCUUGUUGCACUCAAAGAAAUUACUCCUCUUGAGAGUAAAAAGUCUCAAUAAAAUAUAUACUAUAUAAUACAUACAUAUAAAUAUAUAAUAGAUUUUAUAAUAAUAUUAUUAUUAAAAAACAAAACAAAAAAAAA